GCUCCGAGUGACAGUAUAGGAAGCACAGUAACAGAAUGGCUUGUUAUAUCUCUCUAGUGUUCCUUCUGGGCUUCCCUGCCGUGUAUUCUGGAAGUCACACACUAAAAUAUUAUAUAACCAUGUUAUCCACUGCCUACCCAGGCCUGCCGCAAUAUUCAGUCAUUGCGUAUGUGGAUGACGUGCGGUACGGAAGGUACAACAGUGACACGCGCCACGCUGAGUUUUUGAUUCAGUCUCUGAUGGUAUUUUCUGAACACUCGGAAGGUCUGAACAAACAGGCACAACUAAUUGAAACAAUGCAAAAAGCGAUCAUGAACUUUAUUAUGGAUUCUUCAAACAUGACUUAUGAUAUUAAUUACGUGUUCCAAAUCCAGGCUGCCUGUGUGCUGCAUGAAGAUGGUACAGUUGAUGUAUACGAAGAGGGAGCAUUAGAUGGCAAACAGCUCGUAGUGUUUGAUAAAGAGACAGUGGAGUUUGUACCUGUGACCAGAGAGGCCGUGCUUCUGGCACAGUGGGUGAAUAAACAGGCAUUUGCAAAGAAAUAUAAAAUAUUAAUGGAAAAUAGGUGCACUCAGCAUUUGACAUUGUAUCUACCAUAUAUAAAGAGUUACUUGGAUGAGAAAGUGCCCCGUGUAAAAUUGUCAAGUUCAGAGUCAGAGAGUGGCACCAAACUGCACUGCCGGGUGUAUGGGUUCUACCCCCGAGAUGUGGAAGUGAAGUGGAUAAAGAAUGGGAGAGAUGAGAUUCACUCAGAGGAGGCAGCACAGAUCCUGCCAAACCCUGAUGGCACCUAUCAGAUCAGAGUCAGUGUGGGGGUAACACCAGAGGGGGGCGCCACUUACUCCUGCCAUAUAGAUCACAGCAGUUUGGAAAACCCACUGGUUGUUCUCUUUGAAACAGAAACCAAGAAUUCAAAUAUUACUUACAUCCUUAUUGCUGUCGGUGUGAUUGUUCUCUUCCUUGCUUUUGGCCUGGGAUUUUUUAUACAAAGAAAAAUGAAAGGAUUUAAAGACAGCCAGCAGAGUGCGAGCACAAAUGAACAGGAAACUGCACUGCAAGAGAAUAUUUUGUAGAGCCCCCUGUUGGGAAUCAUAUGGUGCCCCAGAACUUUUUUCAUCUGCUAUUGAAGUGUAACAAAUGGGCCAAAAUGAGACACAAAAUGGAGUCUAUAAAAAAGGAAAAAAGAUAGGCAAUCUCCCUUACUGUAACUUUAUUCCGUAUAUAAAAUAGCCCUUCAUCAACAAAAUGACUUUGUCAAGGGCAAAAUAAAUUUUACCCUUGAGAAAGUCAUUUUGGUGAUGUAAGGCAUUGGGCUGUAUCCAUCUGCAGACUAAUGAGCAAAAUCCCCCCUUCCAUCUCUAAGCUCGUUACACAAGGGGGCACAUUCAUGA